AUGGGGCGAGACGUGGUUAAAGCAAAGGGGAAAGGAAAGCGGGGCGCGAGAGGACGGCCCAGAAGUAGAUCAAGAAGUGCUUCAAAAGGCAGAUCAAGAAGUGCUUCAAAAGGCAGAUCAAGAAGUGCUUCAAAAGGUGGAUCAAGGCGAAAGUCGAGAAGCGGAUCAAGGCGAAAGUCGAGAAGCCGAUCAAGAGGGCGCCCCGUGGCUAUUACGCGGCAGAGCGCGGAUAGGUCAAGAGGAAAUUCUGUGGCCGAAUCGAGACGGAAUUUUGACAACGCAUCCUACCUUUUUCCGCUCCGACUACUGGUGGAAGGGGAGGCGUGUCUCAUUGAUCCGCAUAUUUUUGAGUUGGAGAUCACGCUUUACAGGCCAACACCUGAAGAGGGUAAGACGCCCCUUUUCUUUGAUACUACCGCAUGCCUUUUCAGCGAUCAUGGUGGUCAGACAGAUUAUGUGGGUAUCGGACGCGCGACGACGAACAACAAGGGUCUUUCACAUAUUCCGCAUGCCGUGGUUACGGUCGACGCAGAUUCGGUGGGUUCCAGGAAUUUUUUGGAACCUGCAGGAGGACCUAGUGUAAUAGCUGGGGACGGUGUUAGCGUGAACUUGAAAAGACUGACAAUGUGGGCUGGAUUUUCUUUAUCUACCACGCUUUUUACAGGAGAUACAAACCUUAGUGAUGUAGUCGAUGCAUAUUAUGCUGUGAAGAAGCCUAAAGCUAAGAUACCAUUAGCAGUUGUUCCCAUCACUGUGUCGAAUCCUUCUCACAACUCAUGCGUGACGUUAAUGGUGCGUAAGAUGAAGGGAAAUGCCAAGACUGUUUGGGAGCUUGUCCGAAUUGGUGAAACAUUUUCCCAGCAGGAUGUCAAGGGAGUUUUGGCCACUUUGCAAAAGCGGGGUCUGCUGAGUCCCACCGGUUACCGUUUGCUUCCCUAUCAUGGGCCAGAUUGCAGCUCUGAGGUCGGCAACGAAGACAGUUUCUCCUUUGAUGAUGAAGAGGAGGAGGAGGAGGAAGAUGAUGCUGAUGCCGUUUGUAGCUCUGUUGGUGACGAGGGCGAAAAAUUUGAAAAUCUGCUGGCGAACGUGCCACCUGUGACGCGUGAAGGGAGACGUCAAUACAGCGUUGGCCGUUCCAUAGUAAAUACUGUGCUUGAGACGGCUGACAGCUCAGAUGAAGAUGAGGUCUUGGAGGAUGCUCUUCGGGCAGUUGUCCCGCGUUAUACCAGUCUCUGUCCUGUACGUUAUGAGGAUAAGACAUACAAUGUGGGUUCUCGCGAUGAGGCACUUGCGCAGCACUACGUGAGCCAUAGAGAGAAGUAUGGCUUAGAAACUGCCGAAUCCCAAUCGGGGAAAGGGUUUGGCUUGUCCCCUGUAUUUACGCCCUUCGUCGGAACUUUGCAGCGAUUAUCAUUUGGCAAAACUGGAAUUGCGAGACCUAGCGCACCGACUGAGCUUUUGACAACGAUUCCGUCUGUGUUGUGUCGCCGGAGCGGAAAUGGGAGGCGUGGACGUUCUUCCAUAAGUUCACGCGGGCUUUCCUUGUUCCGCAGUCGCUCCAAGUCGCUUCGGGGUCGCAAGAGAAAAGGAAAGGGAAAGGGGCGGCGCAGCCGCAGCAGAAAAUCUCGCUCUCGUGGCUCCAGUUCUAAACGCCGGAAAAGCCGCGGAGGCCGAGCGCGAUCGGGUUCGUCCGGCCGGCGAAAGUCACGGAGUGGGAGCGCAAAAUUGAAGUUGGAAACCGCCGACGCCCAGAAUGGAGGCGGAGAGGAGGGGUGA